AUGUCCACAGAAAACCCUACCCUCGCCGUGGGGAUGUACUCUAAGGAAAUCUCAAGUAUCCAUACUGCUGCGGAACAACCGCCCUGUAUUUUAGACAAGGGAGAAGGAAAUAAUCCCCUUGUGGCGGGUGGUCCAGUGGCCCCUUCCCGCCUUACGAGACACAUCAGGAAUCUCGAGAAGCGGCUUGUCGAAUACAACCUAGAGACCAGAGGUAUAGAGCGAGUGCGAGAAGAUGAACGGAUGACCAAACUGUCAUGGAUUUCGUACUUGCAAGCUUUUUUACUUUGGGUAUCGAUAAAUCUUGCUGCGAAUAAUAUCACCCUUGGGAUGCUGGGACCUGUCGUAUAUGGCCUGAAUUUUUUGGAUUCGGCCCUCUGUGCUGUCCUCGGGGCUCUUCUUGGAGCCGUGGUUGCUUCAUGGAUGGCUACUUGGGGGCCAGUCUCUGGAAUCCGGACGAUGGCAUUUGGACGGUAUGCAAUGGGCUGGUGGCCAAGUAAACUGGUUGUCAUCCUGAAUUUGAUUCAGAUGAUCGGUUAUUCCCUGAUUGAUUGCGUAGUCGGAGGACAAAUUUUGUCCGCCGUGUCGCCAAGUGGAGGCAUGCCAGUUGCAGUCGGCAUUGUGAUAGUCGCGGUGGGCAGCUGGGCAAUCGCCACUUUUGGCAUUGAGAUCUUUCAUUACUAUGAACGUUUCGCCUUUCUACCUCAGCUCAUUGUGGUUAGCAUACUAUUUGGCGUGGCUUCAGUGAAGUUCGAUUUAUCCACACCAUCCUUAGGCGAUACCCGCACAGUAGCAGGGAACCGAUUAUCGUUCUUUUCUCUCUGCCUAAGUGCAGCCAUUACAUAUGCCCCAUUAGCAGCAGAUUUCUUCGUUUAUUACCCCGAGAGAACAUCCAGAGUAGCCCUCUUUUCUCUUUCACUGCUCGGUCUCCUAGUGUCAUUCACCAUGGCUUUUCUAUGCGGUAUUGGACUCGCAUCCGGCAUCACCGCCGACCCAGAAUAUGAAGAGGCAUACUCCAGAGGGGCCGGGGCGCUCAUUGUCGAAGGGUUUGGACCUCUGCAUGGAUUCGGAAAGUUUUGUUCGGUGGUAGUUACCCUGGGCCUCAUUUCAAAUACCAUCGCGCCGACUUAUUCUUCCGGCGUUGAUUUUCAGAUUCUGGGAAGAUGCGCUGAGAAAGUUCCACGUGCUGUCUGGAAUACAGUUGGUGUCGUCAUCUAUGCUGUGUGCGCAUUAGCUGGCCGGAGCCACCUCUCCGAUAUUUUUACCAACUUUCUUGCCCUAAUGGGCUAUUGGGUCGCGAUCUGGUUUGUUAUCAUCUUGGAAGAACGGUACAUCUUCCGGUUCCGCAGCGGCUACAACUGGCACGCCUGGUGCGAUCAGUCCAAGCUCCCCGUGGGCAUUGCCGGAUUGAUUGCUUUUUUGAUCGGAUGGGCCGGCGCAAUCCUCUGUAUGGCGCAAGUCUGGUAUAUUGGACCUAUUGCACGGUUGGUGGGGAAUUCUGGAGCAGAUAUGGGAGCCUACGUUGGAUUCACCUGGGCUGGACUUGUGUACCCGCCUUUGCGUUACAUUGAACUCCGUAGGUUUGGACGGUGA